CCUUCCCUCUCCGAUUUCAGCAAUUUUCAAUUUCAAUUUUAUGCGCAACCGAUGGCGGCCGAAAGCCCUACCAACCCUAUACAGAUCAGGGAGGUAUGGUCCGACAAUUUGGAAUCCGAAUUCGCGAUCAUCUCGGAUCUAAUCGACACCUACCCUUUUAUCUCCAUGGACACCGAGUUUCCCGGCGUCAUCUUCAAGGCCGACCGCCGCCUCCCCGCCGACCACUACCACAUUCUCAAGGCAAACGUCGAUGCCCUAAACCUCAUCCAACUCGGCCUCACCCUCACUGAUCCCUCCGGCAACCUCCCCGCCCCCGGCAUCUGGCAGUUCAACUUCUCCGAUUUCGACGCCGCAAUCCACCCCCACGCUCCGGAGUCGAUAGAGCUCCUCCGCUCCCAUGGAAUCGACUUCGACGCGAACCGCUCUAAGGGGAUCGAUUCGGUCCGGUUCGCUGAGCUGAUGAUGGGGUCCGGGGUGGUGUGCAACGACGCUGUGAGCUGGGUGACCUUCCACAGCGCCUACGACUUCGGGUACCUGGUGAAGGUCCUGACGGGGCGGCCGCUCCCGGCCACGCUGAGCGAGUUCCUGUGCGUGCUGGCGGCAUUCUUCGGGAGCAACGUGUACGACGUGAAGCAUCUGAUGCGC